AUGGACUUUGACAGUCCCGGAGGAAAACUAGACGGUCUAGGACAGUUCACGGCUUUAACGAAGUAUAAAGGCCAGCAAUAUAAGUUCAACAUCCACGUGGUCAAAACAGCUAGCUGCAGCAACCUCUUAGGCCGAGCUGUCGCAGUGGCCAUGGGACUGGUGAAAAGAGUGGAUGAAAUCCAAGGCACGUUUGGUCCAGAUGUGGGCCUCUUGAAGAUAAAGCCUGUAAAAAUAUGCCUGCGAGAUGACGCUGUACCAUACAGUGUUAAUACGGCAAGGAGAGUAUCUGCUCCCAUGCUCCUCAAAGUCAAAGCAGAACUGGAGAGAAUGGUGAAGUGUGGCGUCAUCAAGGAAGUCACAGAACCAACAGAGUGGUGUGCUCCGAUGGUCCCGGUCCCUAAAAGAACAGCUGAUGUGAGAAUCUGUGUCGACCUCAAGAGACUCAAUAUGGCCGUAAAGAGGGAAAGGUUCGUCUUACCCACUAUAGACGACAUACUGCCACGGCUGGCAGAAUCCCGUGUGUUCUCCCUGCUCGACGCGGCUAGUGGCUUCUGGCAAAUCCCGCUGGAGAGGGAAACAGCCAAGCUGACCACAUUCAUCACACCCACGGGGAGAUACUUCUUCAAGCGGCUCCCGUUUGGAAUCUCCAGUGCACCGGAAAUUUUCCAGAGGGAAAUGUCGGUGCUGUUCAGAGGCCAGAAUGGGGUUGAGGUGUACAUGGACGACAUUCUCGUCCACGGCAGGGAUGAGAAGGAACACGAGGAGAGACUCCAGAACGUCCUGCAGAUCCUGAAGAGUGCAGGCUUGAAGCUGAACGACAGAAAGUGUCGCCUGCACCAAAAGCAGCUGAACUACUUGGGGCACCGCAUUGAUGGAGACGGCAUCCGGCCUGACCCCUCAAAAGUAAGCGCCAUCACCAAGCUGCAGCCACCAAGCGACAUGCCAGGUCUUCGGAGGUUCCUGGGCAUGGUUCAUUAUCUGGGGAGAUACCUGCCCAACCUGUCGGAGGUGAUAAAUCCCCUCAACGACCUGCUGAAAAGUGACGCUGCAUGGAUCUGGGACGCAGCACAAAUCGAAGCCUUCAACAAGGUAAAACAACUCAUCUCCACAGCACCCACACUUGCAUUCUACGACGUAAACAAACCCACAAUAGUGAGCGCAGAUGCAAGCAGCUACGGGCUGGGUGGUGUACUGCUACAGCGCCAUGUCGAGGGUCUGAAACCAGUAGCCUUCUGCUCCAGAACGCUGACUGAUGCAGAAAGGCGCUACGCGCAUAUAGAGAAGGACUGUUUGGCAGUCGUUUGGGCCUGUGACAGAUUCUCCACUUACCUGUACGGGCUGGACAGCUUCACAGUGCACACAGACCACAAACCACUGGCCCCACUGAUCAAUAACAAAGACCUUGACACGGUUCCCCCAAGGUGCCAACGUCUGCUCAUGCGUCUGAUGAGAUACAACCCUGCUGCAGAGUACAUGCCGGGGAAAACACUGACAGUAGCUGACACGCUGUCCAGACAGCCACUACCUGCAAUACAGAGUGAAAUAUCAGAACUGACCUGCGAUGUUUCAGUGUUCGAGGAUGCAGCUCACACAGCAUGGCCUGUGUCACCCUCCAAACUGGAGCAGAUCAAGCAGGAGACAAGCACAGACUACGACCUGCAGGUGGUGAGCAGACUGGUGACCCAGGGGUGGCCAAAGCAUGUGAGGAGCGUUCCAGUACAGGCCAAAGCAUACCACCAAUGGGGCAACAGCCUGUCAACCUCAAAGGGACUCGUGUUGUAUGGAGACCGUAUCGUCGUCCCACACAGUAUGAGAGGUGACAUACUCCACUGUUUGCAUGAUGGGCACCAGGGCAUCACCAAGUGUCGCGAGAGGGCACGCACGAGUGUGUGGUGGCCCGGGCUGGAGAGUGAGAUCCAAGAGCUGGUGACCAAGUGCCCUGAAUGCAUGCAAACCAGACCAACACAGAGGAAGGAGCCUCUGAUGACGACACCGCUACCACAAAGGCCCUGGCAAAAGAUCGGAGCAGACAUCUGUGAAUAUGCAAAGAAAAACUAUCUGAUUGUCAUUGACUAUUUCUCUCGCUAUCUGGAAAUAGCCCACCUACCUGACAUGACUAGCGGGACCACCUGUGCACGACUGAAGAACAUCUUCGCCAGGUGGGGGUGUCCAGAUGAGCUACACACAGACAAUGGGCGACAGUUUUCAAGUAAGGAGUUUCAAAGCUUUUCUGUGGCAUAUGAUUUCAAACACAUCACCUCCAGCCCUCACUAUCCCCAGUCCAACGGUGAGGCUGAGAGAGCUGUCCAGACGGCGAAAAGGAUUCUCCAGCAGGCUGACCCGUUCCUGGCCCUCAUGAGCUACAGGGCCACACCGCUACAAGCCACGGGUGCCAGUCCUGCACAGCUGAUGUUGGGCCGUCAAAUCAAGACAACUGUGCCCACAAUCGACAAAGUCCUCUGUCCUCAGUGGCCCGACUUCACUAAGGUGCGUAAAGCUGAUGAAAAGGCGAAAGAGAACUACAGACGCACUUACAACAACCGCCAUGGCGUCAGAGCACUCCCACCUCUCAGUCAAGGAGAGAGCGUGGUGGUGAAACUUGACGGGGAGUCAGGAUGGAAGACAGCACGGACAGUCCAACAGCCACACACAACACCGAAGUCCUACCUGAUCCAGACGGACCGUGGAACACUGCGGAGGAACAGGCGUCACCUUCGCCCAACCUUCCUUCCUGUUCAACAGCCAGAUAAAACAGAGAGCACACAGGCGAGUGAGCAACCUUCAUCACGUUUGUGCUCACCUCCAGAUUCACCUGUCAGAGAGACUGUUCCAGCAGAGCCUGGGAGACACCCCCAUGAUCAGGCUCAGGUGACUUCCAGAGGAAGAGUCAUCCGUCCUCCUGACCGAUUUAAAGACUUUGUGUUAACUUAA